AUGUCGCCCUGCUUGCCGUCGGGGCCGCCAAUGAACGCUGUGCCGCCUUCUCUCUCCGCGCGCCGCCCUCUCUCUCGGCUGACCGCCGCUGCAGCUGAUCGUCGUCUCGAAGGGCGACGGCCGUCUAUCAGGCCGCCUCUUAUCGGCCAGGCAGGUGCACUCUCCUUCCACCUCCACUGCUUCUCUCCAUUCCGCAAACCGAAAUCAACCAACCAAACCAACCAACUUCAGGAUGAAUACGUGAAAAGCUUGGGGAAAUUUCAGAUUCUCAAGUUUCCUCGCAACGAUUUUGACUAA